UGAUCGAUGCCGAUUAGCCAAUCGUACUCGAAUGUUUCCGAGAUAGUGAUAUCUGGUUUGCAUCUCCCUGCAGUAGGUAUAUCAUGGUCGGAAGGGCUCACCAUUGUGCAGAUAUCUCUCUGCAUGGAAAUCUCCCGAAAGUCGGGAUGAUGUCAUUGGACGACUUUUUUUGCGUGCGCAUCAGUGUUUGCAACCAGUUGAAGACAACAGGCUGGGCACUACGAUCUUACAAGUGGCACGAGACGCAUCGCUUCAAAGUUGAUGAGUCAUCCAAAGUCACAUUCACCGUCGAAGCCUGUGAUAUCCGACAUUCCUCGCGGAUUGGUAGCCUUGAGGACACUGUUGGAAGGCUUUUGAGACGCUCAGGUCCCAUCAAGCAGAAGCUCGUCUUGUAUAGGUCACAAGGCCAAGAAAUCGAGAUUCACUUUAGGAUUGCCCAACGUGAAUCUUCGACCAUUAACAAGCUAUCUAUCUCUUACAUCGACUUGCAAAAUUUGCCCUCUGUCCAUCAUAACACAUUCCGUGUUCGAGUGGCUUUAAACGACACUAUACGGGAAAGUCCCUCUAAGCCCAGUAAUCAAGGACACGCCAGAUGGACAGAAGGAUAUGAUUUUAGUCCAUUCGAACACGUCUCGCAUGCUUCACUGGAAAUAUUUGCAACACGUUGGCUCCACAAAAACAAGCCGAUAGCUGUGGCGGAAGGUUCCGUGAAGGAAUGGCUUGCUGCACCGAACGGUGUUGUUCGCAAGACUCUUGAGUCUGAGGGCGCAAAAAUUCAAGCAGAAUUCAAGGUCUCUCAGACUUCGGGUGCGUCUACCGCUGGUAACGAUGAAGAAGCGAGCGAUCCAAUGAUUGAACAAAACGAGGUGCCGGGCAUAAAUCAGAUCAAUGCAUUGGACAUAUCCGCCGUUAUCCUGGAUAUCGACCGUGUUCCUAAAUUCGGAAAGCUGUCUUGGGAUGAUCGAUUCUUCCUCGAAAUACACGUGGCGGAUACCGGAGAGUCUCAGAAAAUCAUGUCUCAAGGACAACAGGAGAAAAAAUGCUUAAUGUGGGAUACAACAUUCACGUUGAACGUUUCCCGAACGUCACGACUCGUGUUUCGUGUUCUCGGCUACGACGGAAAAGAUAGCGAACCAAUUCCUAUCGGUAUUGCCGUCUUUGACGUCGAUGAGAUUCUCCAGCAAGACAGCUUGAUCAGACGUCCGUUUCUAUCAUCUGCAGCAUCCGUGCGCGUAGAUGGAAUCCCCACUUUGUCUUUCAGAGCAACACAAUCUGGCGCUAUGACAUUUACAAGGACCUUAGGUUCUUUCGCGCAGGAGCUUUCUGCCGCUGUCUACCAUACUGCGGAUUUAACUGACCAACGAAAUCAAGCAAAACACUAUGGUGAAGGUAAAAGAAUCAUUGAAGAUGCAAUUGCUCGAGCUAGAAAGGGCACUAGUGGUGAUGAACACCUUUCCCCCCUUCUGAUAAAGAUCGGUAUCUUUUUUUUGGUGGCUGAAAGACUGGCUAAGCUUCACCCCUACGCAGGGAUUGCAUAUGCAAUACUGGCAACAGGAUACGAGGUCAUAAGUCAGGGUAUUGCCUGUGACGCCGGUGUGAUCCAACUGAUGCGUACUAUGGAAAACACUUACGAUCUCGUUAUGACCGUCGAGGCGCUCCCGUAUAUGCACAAACAAAAAAACGUCCUCGAUGCAAUCGUGCAGCAAACAAUCGAGUGCGCGUUCUUCAUUCGUGAUUAUGUGGACACGCGAGGCAACUUUGCGCAAGCGAUUAAGAAUUCGAUCAUGAACGUUGAAGCUCAGAUCAAAGCAUUCGAAAAGGCAUUCCUAGACUUGCAAAGCAGUUUUCAGAACUAUAUGGCUGUCUCCACGCAGGUCACUGUGCUCAAAAUGUUAGAAGAAGUUCAGGAUCUUGGUGCAAAGGCAGAUUUUCGUGACAUGGCUUACGCUGCGGAUGCUAGAUGUGCAGCAUUAUGUGCCGUUCAUCUACCGCCCGACUGCGGAGCGCCUCCGGCUGAUAUCAUAACAUCCGUACAGAGCUGGGUCCUUGGGGACAGCAAGGAAUCAGAGAGGAUAUGCGUCUUGUCUGGGCCUGAAGAGUCGUGCAGCGCUGUCGCAUUACUUGUUGGAGAACGAUUUCAGUUCGCGUCACGGCUUGGUUCUUCAUAUUGCUUUCGAGGUCCCAGGCCAAACGAUACCAAGAAUUACACAAACAUGUUCUCGACAAUCGCCCGCGAUCUGGCAGACCGUAAUGCUCAGUUCAAGAAUAAUCUCUGGAGGGCCGUGGGAAAUGACACGAGUUUGCGGAAAACACGGGUGGUGAAGACGCAGUUUGAGGAAUUUAUUCUCGCUCCUUCUAGAGAUGUCAUUUGGAACGGACCACUCCUCGUGAUCAUUGACGGUCUGGAGAUGGGAGGGAAUGAAGCAGCAAGGAAGGAAGUACUGAGUGUCCUUGUUGACAAAGGCGCAGAGCUUCCCAAAAGCCUCCGAUUCCUGAUCACUUGUCGGCUGGAGGAUGACAUUUGCAAAGCUUUUGGCGGUCAAUCGCAUAUUCUGCGCCGACAACUGGGUGAAACUAGCCCCCUCACGAUGUCAGACACCGAAGAUUAUGUGAACGCGUAAUACUUCA